CGGGUGACCCCCAUUCUUCCUCCUCACGCUUGCCUCCGCCUUCCUCCCAUAGACGCGUCGUCCGUCCCGGCGCCACCACCUCCUCGCCUCGCCAACACCUGGAACCCACAAUGACAAGUGUGUGACUGGAAUGAACAUCUGUGUGAGGAAACACCUGUGUGACUCCAGCCAGCAGCAAGAGUGGUGGUGAGGCUCACUACCUGUCCGGAGCUCCCCGCACGCACACCGCUCGCUUCCCAACUCCUGAGGUGAAAAUGCAGGACACAGGGUGCUGUACUUAAAGGGCUUGGUGGUCCAGGUGUGCGGGAGUCGUGGGACGGAAGGAUUAUGGCUGAACAGCAGUUCUGCCUACGGUGGAACAACUUCCAGGCGAACAUAGUAUCAUCAUUUGAAACCUUACUAGACCGAGAAGAGUUUGUAGAUGUAACGUUAACAGCAGAGGGAAAAUCACUGAAAGCUCACAGGGUUCUUCUAUCAGCAUGCAGCCCAUAUUUCAGAGACCUAUUUCGGGAUCUCCCGGCCCAUCAACAUCCAGUCAUAGUGUUGCGUGAUACAAGUUUCCUAGAGUUAAAAUCCUUACUGAGCUUCAUAUACCAUGGGGAAGUUAAUGUAUCUCAAGAAAGGCUGGGACUCCUUCUCAAGACAGCAGAGGCACUUAGAAUUAAAGGACUUGCUCAAGACAAUAGAACCACAGAAAAUGAACCAUUUGGGAGCCUCGCUAGUAGUCCUAAGAAGGAAACCGAAGAAGGCAUGGAUAGAGGAGAGCGACGUGGAGGGGGUCCUGGAUCCCCUGCAUUAAGCCUUGCCUUCUCUGGUGUUGGUGGGUCUGCCCUGGCCCCCAUCAACCCUCUCGUUCCCCUGGAGCCACCAAGCCACAAGUCACACCAUCUCUUGCUCUCACCACCAGCCAAGCGUCGAAAACCACUACACUCACCACUUGGAGGUCCCCCUCCCACACAACGAGAAAAUUCAACCCUACCUAUACCACCUGUUACCUCCACUCCCUCUCAAGAUGAUGACAGAACUAAUAGGGUAAUCAACCUGACCAUGGCAGCCAGCAGCUCUGGUAGUGCUAACUCUCCAUCCCCAAGAUUAGUACCCAAGACAGAAUUAAAUGUAUCUGAGGAGGAUGGUCCUGGUAGAGGUAGCAGCAGCAGUGGUGGUGGUGGUAGUGGUGGUGGUGGUGGAGGUGCUGGAGGUGGUGAAGGUAGUAGUGACCAUGAGGCUGAAGAGCCAUAUGAUGAUGACUCUAUAGACCAUGAUGUUAAAGGUCCAGACCUGCAUGGAUUACCACAACACCUCUCAGCAGCAGUACAAAACUUUGUGCCAUAUGCAGCAGCAGUAGCAGCAGGAUCCUCACAGCUGGAAACCUUCCCUGGGCCGUCAGGAGUCUUACCUCCCGCUAGUCAAGCAGGGUGGAGGGGGAGCCAUACAGAACCCAGUGACACCUCAGCUCAAGACAGUCAUGGGCCUCUUUCAUCUCUGCACUCCUCCCCCGUGUCUCUGUUCUUCCCCCCGCGUACCUGGUCAACCUCGUCGGCUGGCUUGCGUCCCCAGCUCUCUCUUCCCCCAUUGGCCCCUCUCACCUUCCCUCCAUCUUCCUCAUCUUCUCACGGCUCCUCAGCAGCAGCCGUGGCAGCCGUGGCCGCCCAGUUCUCUCCUCUGCGCCCCAGAACUCUCCGGCCAUCUCACCGACCAGCCCACUGUCCUGCAUGUGGUCGAUAUUUCACUUUUGGACAUAAUAUGAAGGCUCAUCUGAAACGUUGCCCCAAAAAUGCUCAUCGACCUACUUUGGUUACCUCAGUCACUUCGGUCAUCUCAACCCCUGCCACUACAACUUCCGUCAAACCAGAACUGGACACCAACCAUACCUCUCCGUCCGUUUCACCCUCCAUCCUGGCGGAGAAGCUUACUGCUGAUAGUGGAGAAAGUCUUAAGGCAGCCUCAAAUUAACUCAAAAGACUUAUAUUCUCAAUCUAGAGGAAUAGUAAUUCACAAAGCAACUUGCAGAUCUCCAAAUUAAGGAGAUUUGCAUAUGAAUGAAAACUUCUAGAUUUGUAAUUUAGUCAGGGCUGUAAAAUUUUACAAAUAUCAAGAUAUGGAAUAGAUCGUCCCUUACAUAAUUAGAAUGCGUCCUCCAUGUUAACAAGAUUGCAGUAUACAGACUGAAAUUGUGUAUUGGUGGUUGUGCUGUACUAUAGCUUAUGCCAGGUAAUUUUGCUCAUGUGUGUGCCAACAGUUUUUUUACCUGGGAAGAAUGCCAUCCCAGUUCAACAUCAUAUAUGUUCCUACGAACCAUGACAAACAAAGCCAUGUUACUUUAGAAUGGUGCAGUAACUCCUGUAAUCAUGCCACAUUUCUACAAAAGUAGGUGAAAUGUAUAAAUUAUUAAAUAUAGGAGACUGUACCUACCAUACUAAAGUGAACAUUUGGCAUUUAGUCUGCAGAAAAAAAAGCAGCUUUAUCUAUCCAUGACAAGUUGGAGACAAUUUUUUUAAGGGUUAUUAGUACUUAAGAUGAUUUAAGGUUAAACUGUAAGAGUGAUUUUGACUAACGAGGAAUCUCCUUAACAUUGUGCCAUAUAACAUGCUAAGUCACACAUAGUUUCUAAGAUGCUGCGAGCAUAAUUAUUAAUACUCACGAAUGAAUUUGUUGGGAGAAUUUGCUGGAUUUGGUAAUUUAGUUGUAGAUUGCUUAGUUUGUUGUUUUAGCUUUUUUACUAGUUUGAGUAGACAUAGUAAUUUGUAGUGUUUUAUUAUUGUUUUGAGGACUUUAAAUUAUUCUAUCCCAACACUCAGGAAAAUAAGCCUAGCAAAUUUUCUCAUCAUUCUAGGGCAAAUGCAGCUAACUCUGCAAGCUUCAAUUUUCAUCCUCAUAUUGUGUAAUUCCGAUGGUCCACAAACUCGUCAGUUCUCUCUUUAGAACCCUUAUCUUUGAACCUUUUUUGAUUGUGAAAAAGAAAAGAAAAGAAAAAGAAAUAGUGGCCUUUAUAUAAACACACACACACACACACACACAUGGAGAUGAUUAUUUCAAAUCUACCAAAAUCGUUAACUUGCUGUUGUGUGUCCUAAUGAAAUCCUAGUAAAAAUGAAUAUGAGGUAUGUUAGAAGUAUCCUCCAUUCCAGUUGAGCUUAUCAAUACAUUUGGAGUCUUAACCAUGAUGCUAUGCUUGCUAGUUACAUUAUGCACUUUCAAUUGCAGUAUGAUUCUGAGAUAGCUUUUGGGUACAGUAGUUUUUGGAAAUCUCCAUAGAAACACUGAAGAUUUAUAUCUACAUAUGUGGGUGGCUACACUUUUAAUGAACUAUACACCAAAUCUCUAGUGAGCAUAUACCAUAUUUUAUAAAGCUUUAUCCUUCAGCAUUGUUGUGUUAGUAUAAUUGUCAAGUGUGAUGCCAUGCACUGCCUCCCAUAUUAAAGGUGAAUUUACACCAAAGUGAAGCUAUGCAAGCUCCUUUGCAAACACUUAUUCACUGUCAGUAUCACUGGAGAUGAAGGGUCUUAACUGUCUGUGUUAUUGUUGUUCUUCCACUUGCUCACUCAUAUUGAUGGAAUUCACAAAAUUUUUUUGGAUUUUUCAAAUAUUGCAGCAACCCAGACCACUAGAUGUAACUUGUCUGAGAAUUUGAUAAUUAUAUAAUGCAUGAACAUCCAUACAAAUGAAAAGUGAUAUUGGAAAUGUUACUGGUAACAUCUAACAUAUUUACUGGAAAGAGAAAUGCAAUGUGCAUACAGCACUUAUAAUUUGAAAUGGAGGACCCAUAUUUCAUAUUUUAUUAAAAUCAUGUUUGAUUUUCAAUGGGAUACACAUCAAGAUUAAUGCUUUAAGAUGGAUGUAAAUGAAUAGUGGUCUCUGUGUGUGUGUGUGCGUGUGUGAAAAGACAGUUUACAUAUGUUGAGAGAGAGAGAGAGAGAGAGAGGCUGUAAUCAUAAUAUACAUACUGUUGCAAAAUUAUCAUUAACUUUUGAAAGCAUUAUUGUUGCUUAAUAUUACAUGAUGCUUUCACACACAAAUCUUGCUAGUCAAACUCAGUGAAUGAGUUUUAAAGUAAAAUUCUUUUUGAUUAUUUGAUUCUGAAUAAUUACAGCCUGUGUACAUUUUCAAAUGCAUACCAAAAUUUCCUAACCACUAAAAAUUUGCAUCUUUCAAAUAAUGAUCAAAUCAUAAAAAGGUUCAAGCUUUGGGUAAAAAUUGCUUUUGACCUAUUCUCUUCCUUCAGGCUGUGGCAUGAGUAUUGUGCUGCUGCUGUAGUAUUCUUCCAGAAUUUAAGGCUAUUGGCAUCAUUAGUUAUUUAUUAAACAGAGCCAGUACCUUAAAGCAUUCAUCACUGCAGGGAAGGAGGAGAAAAUUCUCAUGAAUUUUACCUCCAAAUAUAUAUACUGUAGACUGAAUAUUUGAAAUAGGAAGAGAUUUACUUUAUGCAGUCAAUAUUCUAGAAUGCUUGUUGCAAGUAGCUGUUAAUGAAAUAUUCAUAUUUUAUUCAAUGAAUAGUUGAGAAUAGGUAAUCUUGAUAUAUUUCAUAUUGUUUUUUGCAAAGAUUACUAGUUUUGAUGUAUCUAUUUUUAUUUUUUAUAUUUUCUUAUUUUAAUCUUUCUUGUGAGCCAUCGGGGUUACUUUUGUUGCUCAUAACCCCAGUAACUAUAGGGUAGAGGUGCUUUCUAUGGUUCAUAUUAAUGCAAGGUGCUGUGAUCUGGGGAUAGUCUGUGAAAUAGGGCAGCUGCCAGUGUGUGCUGGUGCAAGGGUGGGAUUUUUAAAAGUGUUAUGGGUUACCCUCCAUUAUUCUCAUUCAUAUGCAUGUGCAGCCAAAUAAUAUGCAUUCAUGAAUUUAAAACAUUGUUCAGUGUACACUUUUAUAUAAUUGGUUAGAAUAUAAUUCUCUCUCUCUCUCUCUCUCUCUCUCUCUCUCUCUCUCUCUCUCUCUCUCUCUCUCUCUCUCUCUCUCUCUCUCUCUCUCUCUCUCUCUCUCUCUCUCUCUCUCUCUCUCUCUCUCUCUCUCUCUCUCUCUCUCUCUCUCUCUCUCUCUCUCUGAACAUCUAUCUUUUGAACAGUUUCUGUUUUCAUAUUUUAUCAUUAUUAUUGUGCCAAAUUAUGAAGAGUCAAUCAAUGAUAAUAAUAUAUUCUUUGAUAAAAAAAAAGCUACAUCAGACACAAGCUAUUAUAUUAAUUGUUAUAAAUGCAGGGAAAAAGCUGCACCCAACUCUGUACAUAUAGUUUUUAAAAAGGACACAUCCAAACUCAGGCAUCGGGAAUCAGUAGGAGGCUGCCAUAUAUUGAACAUUAGUGAUUUGUAGAGGUAAAGCUGUGGUUCUGUUAUAUUAAUAUGCCAAUUAUUCACAUGCAAAAAAAGAAAAAAACAGAUUUUAUUAUAAUUAUUAUUUUUUUUUUUACAAUCCAAGUGCCAAGCAUAUUACAGGAAAUGGAGGGUAGUGGUGUGGUGUGCAGUGGUGACACAUCACUGUCUGAUUAGUGUGGGUUUAAUCUUGAUUGUCCAGGGUUGUGUCCCUUUUUUUUUUUUUUUUCCUUUUGUGUUUUAUUUGAAUUUGGUUUUAUUUUCUAUCAUAGGAAGUUUUGCAAAGUAUGAAUGAGGUUUGUGUAAUUAUUUUUAGAAUUAAUCCUGUUAUUUUAUUCAAGAUAUGUAUGCAGGAAUAUUCAUCAUGAAUAUUUAUAAGAAAUUUAAGUAAUUUAAGAUACUGUCUCAAAAUGGAGAAAAUGCCUUUUUAUGCAUUUAAUUUAAAAAAUGCAUUUGAAGAAAACACUGGGUUAUUUAUGCUCUCUAAGUAGUGUAGAAUUUAUUUAACACAUCCCAGUGUGGCAAAUGUGUAUUCUGUUUUUUGUUCUUUUUUUUUGCACUGACAAGGACAGUCUUGGCAUUGCAACCUCCAUAUGAUAUUUUAACUUGCUCACCAAAGCUAUGGUAUGGUCUUCCCAUUUUCUAAUCUUCAUGAAAGCCAUACAGAACUUUAAUUGUCAUGCCAUCCUCAUGCCUAACUCCAUGGGUAGAUGGGUGCAACUUUACUUGAUUUUCCUUGCUUUUUAUUUCACUAUGAGCCAAGCUACACACACACACACACACACACACACACACACACACACACACACACACACACACACACACACACACACACACACACACACACACACACACUUUAUUUAUUUGAUUUUUCCACAAGUUUUGUAUCCCUUUUACACCUCAAAGUACAAGCUUCCAACGUUCAGGCUAGCUUACUUAUUGGUUUGGUUUCUUUUCCAAGGCAUUUCAUUUUAAACGCAGUAGUACUUUUUUUUUAUACUGUACCAGUUUUGCAUUCUGAGUUGUAGUUUGAGAAAAUAUAGUAGUGAAAGUAUUUUUAGAUCAUUUUUCCAGUUUUGUGUUUAGAAGAUUGGUGAGUACUGAAGUUCAAAGUCUUCCUGAACUGUCCUGUCAUACCAUAGUGCUUCUGUUUUGUUUUGUUGUUGCAUUUAAUAUUAAUUCACAAACUUAUUUUUUACAUGGCUUGUUUUAAGCUUCAUUGCUGAACUGUACCCUUACUGGAGAUGUACACGUGAUAUGAUUUUAUUAUUUGCUGUACUUUUAUGUUUAUUUUUUAGACUUUUUUGUUUGAGAAUAUGAUAAUGAUUGAGAAUGAUAAAUGAGAGUAUAAUGUGUGUUUGAACAUAAAAUUGUUUACAUCCUUUGUACAAAUCCCUCAUCAUGAAUCAUAAUCAUGAAGUCUAGAAUGUGGCCUUUUCUUUGCAUAGCUAAUUAAUAAUCUGAAGUAAUGAUAGUUUAGUAAUGAACUGGUGGCUGUCAAAAUUCUCAUAUAUAUAUAUAUAUAUAUAUAUAUAUAUAUAUAUAUAUAUAUAUAUAUAUAUAUAUAUAUAUAUAUAUAUAUAUAUAUAUAUAUAUAUAUAUAUAUGCAUCUGUCUCAUGCCUGAUGGUCCAGAUUUGACUUAAACAUGAUAGUAUAAAGAACACUAUAGUUCUACACUUCUAAAUAAAGAGAAAACAUUUUUCACGUGAAUAUAAUAAACAGAGUUCAGAUGUCAUAUCAAAAUUUAAUAUAUUUAUAUACCAUGUGAAUGUAUGAGAUGCCUAAAUAGUAAUUUUGAUUAAAUAUGAGAACUUGUAUUCUUCCAUAGACUAUUAUAUUCAAUUAGAAAUUCUAAUAAUGAUAUCAAACGUUACACGUCUAAAUUCUUCUAAGCAUGCUUGAUUCAAUCUAAAUAUUGAUCCCAUCAAAAAGUCAGAAAUACAUUACAACAUUGUGAUUAUUCCUUUUCAUUCUCAACCAGGAUUAUAAAUGGAAUUUUGCUUUACAUUUAAGCUGUAAUGAAUCACAGAAAAUGAUUGGCAGGACUGUAAGUUUAACUGACCAUGACAUGCCAUUAGGAGAAAAAAUGACAACAAAAAAAAAAGGAAAAAAUCAUUGAUUUUAUUAAGUUAUUGUAAUACAAAGUUUGAACCUGUUAAAGCACCUGUAUUUUUUAAUGAGAAUGUGUAGACUUUAUUUUAAAACAAAAGUAUGCAUUGAAUAAGCUGUUUCAUGUUUAAAUGUAAUAAUAUUUUUUCAACCUGAAGGAUUGUUAUUAUGUUAAGGAUUUACAAAGAUUGAGUUGUUUGGUAAUGUGUAAUGUUGCUUCUCUAUUUCAAAAUGUCUGCGAAUUUUGAAACUGUGUGGGUCAAGUUAUUCACAGCUGAUGAUUAUCUUGUUAGCCUCAGUAUGAUGAAAUUUUCACCUUGCCACAUACAAGAGGAGUGUCAUAGAGCAGGGCUGCUGGAAGUCUGCCAGCAAUGGGGCAUAUUAAGAAUUCUGAUUGUUUUUAUUUAUGGAUCUUCACUAUUUUAGACUUGAAUUAUCUAAAAAAUAAUAAUAAUAAUAAAUAGUAUGCAAUGACUCAUUUUAAGGUGCAAAAAAAAAUCCAGACUUCAUGUAACUCAAUUAUUAUAAAUGCAUUUGGGAAUUUGUAGAAAGUGAAAUACCAUCUGCCCACAUGGUUCCACCAGCCUUGUAUUGUAACUCUUUGUUUAGAGAUUGUGAGGAAUACUGGCAUCUUUUCUUCUGAGGUUUAGUAUUUUCUUGUUGUUUUACAUAAUUUAUAAAGGGGCUGACUGAAUAUUAGCCCAAGUAACUUAAUAAUCUGGCAGGAAUAUAAAAACUAAGUAGUAAUGGAUUCAUUAUAGCUGCAACUAUUUACUCUAGUAAAGGGGAAAAAGUAUAUAUCACUUUGGUUUGCUAGUCAUUCUCUGAAAUGAAGACGAAUUAUCUGUGAACAUUAGUAGAGCCUUAUUACUGGUGCAACAUAAAAUGUUGUUCAUAUAUUUCUUUAAUUGUAUAGAAUACAUAUAUACCAAGACAGUUAUAGGUAAAUAUUUUGUUACCAGUAGAUAGUUUUUUACUAAGAUUAUCCAGGGUAUGGAUAGAAAAACAGAGGUGAGGCACAUCAUCAUGGCAAUCAUGUCACAGGAUGUCACAACACUUGCAACACCUUUAAUUUAAAUGUAAUUCCACUAAAAAUUUGUUUUGUUUGUAAACAUUAACAUAUUUUGUCUUUGUAUGUAUACAUAUUUAGAUUUAAAAAAAUGCAUUUACAAAUGCUCUUUUAAAUGCUGCAUAAUAGUUUCAUCCUUCCAUUUCUAAAGUAAGCCAUAGUUAAUAUAUUAAUGGUUACAUUUUCAAGAAUAUUAAUGUUCAGGCCCAAGUUGCAGAAUGUUCUUAAUUUAUUAUAACUACUUAAUGCAGCAGUCACUGUUUAGAAAAUAGGGUUUUAAAAUAUGAAAAUGAAAUACAUACAUAGACUAUUGCAAGGUCUUAUACAAAUCAUUACAAAUUUUUUAAAAUGAUCAUUGUCUGCAUAAAAAGUAACCCCAUUAUAUUUCCUGUUUUCUCUCCUUCAGUAGAAUGAUAUAUUUGAAAUAUAUAUAGGAUGCACUUAUAGACUAUGAAAUAAUAGUAAAGUUAUUUUUAGUGGUAUGCAUACAAGUAAAAUACAGUGUAUGUAUGAAUGCAUGUAUGUGUGCAUGUAUGUGUGUAUGUAUAUGUAAUUAUAAAGCAUAUACUUCAUAUAUGAUAUACUGCAGACUUUUUUUUUAAGCAAAAAAAAAAAAAAAAUACUAUGCUUCCUAAAUUUCUUUAGCUCAGUUCAGGGUCAUAUUGCUUUGCCGUCCAUUCCUGAUGCAUAGCCUCAGUCAGUUGUCACCUUUAGAUGAUAUUAAUUUCAGUGCAUAUAUCAAUUCUAGACUAGAAGUACAUUAGACUCACAAGUAAAUAAAUUAUUGAUAUGCAGUAAAGUUCUCUUAACCCAACCUUGUUUAAUCCAAAAAGCCAUUUUGUACAGAUUGGCUAACCACUCUGUGCUCUACCAAUCUUAGGACCCACUCUGGAAUGUGCAAUUGGAGAACAGAUGCAAUGAGACUUAGUAGUCUUGUAACGGCAGUGAAAUGACACGUCUUCAACAUGUUACUGCAUCAAACUGUGUCAUUUCAUUACCACUUCUUAUAGAGUUACCACAAAUACUUGAUGCCUUCAUUCAUCACUACCCAAACUUUAUACAAUGCCAUUUGUUGCUUCCAUAUAUUUUCUCCAUGUUCCUUUCAUCUCAACAUUUCUACACUAAAAAUUAAUGCAGUUCAUAUAUGAUUCAGCUAACUCUGCUCUAUGAAACUUUUGAUCUUUCUGUAGUACAACUCAACUUGUCCCAAUUUUUAAUAAGAAACUGCUUAGUCUGUAUUUAUGUGACCUCAUCCUAUCCUGCUCUUACUUUUAAAGCCACUCACAUUUUGAUUGUCAUACAACAUUAUUACUGUACAUCAGUUGUCACUCACACCUCCCUUGUCUGAACAAAUUUCUCAUCAACUUACACCUACUCCAUGUAUAAUGUUAUGUCUUUUGUCCAGGAAUGAAGUCAUUCACCUCAUUAACAUACCCUCAACAGCCUUAGCGCCACAUUGUUGAUUUGGUGCUUGAGACCUAUACAUUUCAAGAAACUUCAAUAAAAUUGAAUCACUGCUUGUCACCAAUAAGUAAAGAUAAACAUUGAUAGCAACAGCAGUACCAAUGAUGGACUUGCCAUACAGAACUCACCACCAUCAUUUUAUUUUAAAGAGAAAUUUUGAAGUUCAUCUAUAGCUAAUUGUGUACUUUGUUUUACAACAUACAGUAUUAUCAGUAUUCAUGCACAUCUUUCACAUUUGUUACUGUAAUGCAUAAAUGAAUGAACAAGCAUUUAAAAUUCUAUGGGUCUGGACUAAUAGUAUAGUGUGAGGAAAUUUAUCAAGUAGCAAUUACACAUACAUCAGAAACACAAAAUAACACAUCCACACUGGAAGAAAGUUUGAGUGGGAGGAUAGCAGAGAUGCAAGCUUAAGCUGUUUAUGCCUGAAACACAAUAGAUACACAGAGGUAGUAAUAGGCUUAUUCCAGUAUUUAAUUUGUAUAGAACAUUGGUUCAUAUGAACCUGCUUUUCUCACAGUUGGUCUGGAUUAAUUGGAUCUUACUGUACAUAGUUCUUGUGUAACAAUAACACAAAAAAAUGAGAAUUUUCUCUAGUUCACUUUUUUUUUCACAAAUUAAAAAUCUUAUAAAGAUAUGAGGAAUUUUCAUUUAUAAGUUUUACUUAAAUCCACGUCAAAAGAAAGAGAAUUACCUCUUCAUAUACUUUUGUCCUUGUAAUCAUUUACUUCUGUCAGAAGUUAGAUUAUGAGCUGAGUGAUUACUUAAUUACUUCAUGAAGAAAUUAUUGAAAUAGCAAAAAUGGAAAGGGCCCCAGUGCAAUCAAAUGAAAUGUUAUUAAGUGUCAUAAUUGUACUGGUAUAAUAUACUAAACAUGCUACCUUCUAUAACAAAUAUCACAGAGUUGAUCAGUACUCAUUUUAUAUUUUAUUCAUAUGCAAUAUGAUAGUGUUUGAAUUUUACAAAAUAACAUAAUUUAGGAUGCAAUACAGAAAAAUACCACACAUAUUUUGCAAAUAUAUCUCUGAAAUUGAAGCACUUUCCAUCCUGAUUGAUACUGAUUUUUUUUUUAUAUAUAUAUAUAUAAUAGCCUUGCUUUGUUUGGGUUCUAUUCUAUUUCUUAAUGUUAAUGGUGAAAAUAUUUCCAAGCAAUAGAAAGCAAUAUUUAUUGAGUUUCAGCAUUUCAGUGUACUUUAAUAAGUAGAUUAGAUGCACAAUAAAUUGUUUUGCCAAAUGUGCAUGAAUCUGGGCAAAAAAAUAGAUCUUGUUUUAUUCAAAUGCCCUGGUUUCAUAUUUAGUAGCAUAGAUGCUGAAGUAUCAUUAUCAUACCUCAUGAACAGACUAAUUAUGCUAGUUAGGGAAAUGAGAAAAUCAUUUGCUGUAGGUGUUCAACUACUUUGACACCCAGAGAGGCCUAACACACAGUGGACAAUAUUUUGUAGAAUAUUUAAAAAAAAAAUAUAUAAAAUUGAAGUAAUAUUGAAUUGGCUAAUUCUUAAGUAUUUUAAAUAUUUCAUUAAUGUGGCAUUGAUAUGCAAUUACAGUGUUUCAUUAGUGGGUCACAUGCUUUGUGCUGCACAUUAACAUUAUUUAUGCUUGGCACAAGUGAAAGGUAACAUAUUUUAUCUGUAGCAGUAUGACUAUUAAAUUUUCCAAAAUACUGUUGUGUGUGUGUGUGUGUGUGUGUGUGUGUGUGUGUGUGUGUGUGUGUGUGUGUUAUGUAUUCGAUAAAAUGAAAAGAGCCAUCAUCAUGCAGCUAUUUGUAGUGACAAACUGCCUGUCUGUGUUUUCACUUUUAGUGCACUGAAUAUCAUAUGCCAUAGAUGAAAAGGAGGAUUGCAUGUGUCUUUAAAUGGUUAUACUAUUAUAUCUGUUUGGAAGAGUUGCACAGUGUGACUUUUUUCUGGUAAAAGCAUGAACCCUACUUUGGUUAAUAUUUGUGUUGAGUAAGUAUCAUGAGUAAUUUGUACCAGUAGUACCAGAAAAUUAGGCUUUGGACCCUUUAUUUAUUUUGAUAUUUUGCUAUAUUUCAGACAAUUACUUACUAACCUAGUAAAGUGACAUCACAACCCAGACAUUUUUUUUUUUUUUAUAGAAGUAUAAUUGCUGGUUCAAAAGAUGUUACUUUACAGAUUGUGUCUGGAGUAUGCUGUGUCACUAAAAAUGCAUAUAAGAAAUAUCAUAACAGGCAAGCUAGCACUAGGAGAAGUUUACUCAAAAGAACAUGGUAGAUGAAAGGGAAAUAAUUAUUAAUGAUUGCUGUUGCUUGGGCUUGUGGAUGGAUGUACCUUAUGGAUUUAUUUAAGACUUAACAUUUCAGACCCACUUCUUAGGAUGAAUAAUUGGAGCUGUUAUUACAAGGGUAUCGUUUGAAUAAGUUUUUUAUUUUAUCUUAUUUCAUUAUCAUUUAUUAUUAUUAUUAUUAUUAUUAUUAUUAUUAUUAUUAUUAUUAUUAUUAUUAUUAUUAUUAUUAUUAUUAUUUUUAUUAUUAUUAUUAUUAUUAUUAUUAUUAUUAUUAUUAUUAUUAUUAUUAUUAUUAUUAUUAUUAUUAUUAUUACUUAUUUUUA